UGUUACGUUUUUCUUGCAUCAUUGUUUUAGUCAGCUUUUAAAGUAACUGUCCCUGUAGUUCCAAAAAGUGAAAUACUGCAGAAGAUUGCACAGCAAACAAAAUGAAAUUUAAAGACUUUUUUGAUAGCGUUUUCAACUCGAGAUUUAACGACGAAAGCACAGAUCGAAAUUACAAUAGAGAAGACCAAUGGUUUCCAACACAUAAUGACGAAAAUGAUGAUUUUAAUCAAGAAGGAUCUCAUUUCUUCUUCUCCGAUCCAUUUAACCGCGAUGGUUUUGACAACCUCUUUACCACAAUGGAAAAAAUGAUGGGAAGUUUUAAUCGGAAUAUGAACAGUUUUCCAGCACUGCCAUAUCAAGAUGAAGGAAAUUACCAGCAUGAAAAUAAUUCAACUGGAAAACCAAAGCGAUCUCUCAGAGACCAAAUAUUAAAAAAUCCCAGCCAUGAGGAUCAUACUCCAUCUCUAAGAAGAGAAAACUCUCAGAUACCAAGUCAUCCAGGAACUUCUAGAGAUUUGGAUUCUCUGUUUUCUGACUUCUUUUCUGCCCAAUCAUUUUCCCCUUUCUUUCAAAAUGGUCCACCAGCAAUACAAGAAGACACUGAUUUGGACGCAGAUGUGGGGGAAAAGGGGUUAGAAUCGAUAUUGGAUAAAGAUAAUGGGGUGGGGAGGGGAUCUACCUUUUCACCCAUGCCCCAAUUUCACGGUCGGCAAGAAACACGGUCAACAAUAAGAAGAAGUGACGGGUCCUCUGAGACAAGAAUAACAAAGAAAGAUUUUCACGGCAACGAGGAAAUAACUGUGAUUACGGAAACACCAGAUGGCAGUAGACACACAGUAACAGAACGUAAAAAUUCCGAUGGGUCAACUCAAGAAAACAGCCAAAGUUUUGGUGGACAAGAACACAGCAAUGACUUGUACAAUCCAAAACCUUUUUCGUUGUUUAACAAUCUUUUUAAAAUGUUUACUAAGUAAUUAAUAAUGCAGGGUUAUAUUGUAGUUGUAUUCUUUACAGUACUGUGUGCAAAAUGUGUCUUAUUUAUUUCUUUUGAUCUAUGUUUUUUUCCAUUGGCAAAUUGUUAAAGUUGGUGUAAAAUUUGCUUGUACAAACAGUUUAACUAUGUGGGAUGUAUUUAUUUGCUGAUUAUGGCUCUGAGCAGUAGUGCUACCAGAAAAAAAAUAAUGUGAAAAGGGUUUCAAAGUUAAUUUUUUUUUAUUUGCUUGGAUUUUUAAUUUAUUUUAAAAUGGAAAGUUUUGACCCCAGUACACCCCCUGGCUGCGCUACUGGCACCAAGGGUUGCAUAUGACUUUAAUUAUGGUUUGGAAUGUCUAGUGUACUAUGUGCAUGGUGUUAGCUUUAUUAUGUCGGGGUGAAAUUAAAUUAUUGUGACAAGUGUAUAUUACAGCUACAACAUUAAAAACACAACAAGAAAGUU